AUGCCGAGGAGGAAGCAGCAGGCCCCCCGGCGCUCGGCAGCUUAUGUUCCUGAGGAAGAACUGAAGGCAGCAGUGAUAGAUGAGGGGAACGUGGAGGAGGAUGGGCUGCCCGGGGAAGUUCCGGAGGCCGACUUCGCGUGCAGCGAGGAGGCGGAGAUCAAGGAGGCCCAGAGCUACCAGAACUCCCCCAUCAGCAGCGCGACCAACCAGGACGCGGGCUACGGCUCACCCUUCAGCGAACACAGCGACCAGCCCGCGCACUUCAAAAGCUCCUCCUCCAAGGAGGAGAAGGAGGAGCGCCAGGGCGCCGAGGGCGUCUCCUACCCCCAGGACAGCUUGGCUCAGAUCAAGGCCGUGUAUGCAAACCUCUUCUCCGAGUCCUGCUGGUCCAGCUUGGCCCUGGACUUGAAGAAGUCGGCCUCGACCACGAGCACCAGCGAUGCGGCCCCGAAGGAGGGCUCCACCCCCGCCCCGACGCCCCCCGCCAGCACCGCGGGGGCUGCGGGCACCACGGCGAGCACCCCCAGCUCGGGCUCGGGCGCCAGCGGCGGCUCGGGCUACGACUGGCACCAGGCCGCCCUGGCCAAGACGCUGCAGCAGACGUCGUCAUACGGCCUGCUGCCGGAGCCCAGCCUCUUCAGCACCGUGCAGCUUUACCGCCAGAACAACAAGCUCUACGGCUCGGUGUUCACCGGCGCCAGCAAGUUCCGCUGCAAGGACUGCAGCGCCGCCUACGACACGCUGGUGGAGCUGACGGUGCACAUGAACGAGACGGGGCACUACCGCGACGACAACAGGGACAAGGACUCGGAGAAGACCAAGCGGUGGUCCAAGCCCCGGAAGCGCUCGCUGAUGGAGAUGGAGGGCAAGGAGGACGCCCAGAAGGUGCUCAAGUGCAUGUACUGCGGGCACUCGUUCGAGUCCCUGCAGGACCUCAGCGUGCACAUGAUCAAGACGAAGCAUUACCAGAAAGUGCCUCUCAAGGAGCCCGUGCCGGCCCUCACCAAGCUGGUCCCCUCCACCAAAAAGCGGGCGCUGCACGAACUGGCGGCCCCCGGCUCCCCCGAGCCGGCGGGCGCAGCGGCGGAGGCGGCGCUGAGCGAGGCGGCCAAGGAGCAGAAGACGGCCAACCCCUACGUCACGCCCAACAACCGCUACGGCUACCAGAACGGGGCCAGCUAUACCUGGCAGUUCGAGGCCCGCAAGGCCCAGAUCCUCAAGUGCAUGGAGUGCGGCAGCUCCCACGACACUCUGCAGCAGCUCACCGCGCACAUGAUGGUCACCGGGCACUUCCUGAAGGUGACCACCUCCGCCUCCAAGAAGGGGAAGCAGCUGGUGCUGGACCCCGUGGUGGAGGAGAAGAUCCAGUCCAUCCCCCUGCCGCCGACCACGCACACCCGGCUUCCCGCCGCCGCCGCCGCCGCCGCCCACGUCAAGAAGCAGCCCGACUCUCCAGCGGGCGCCGCCGCCCCCGCCGCCGGGGAGGAGAAGAGAGAGCCCGAGAAGGACCAGGCGACCCUGGCGCCCGGGGAGGCGGACAAGAAGAUCAAGGAGGAGGGCGAGGACGCGGGCGAGAAGUUCGAACCCACCACCCUCUACCAGUACCUCCGCGAGGAGGACUUGGACGACAGCGCCAAGGGUGGUGUGGACAUCCUCAAGUCCCUGGAGAACACGGUCUCCACGGCCAUCAGCAAAGCCCAGAACGGCGCGCCUUCGUGGGGCGGCUACCCGAGCAUCCACGCCGCCUACCAGCUGCCAGGCACCGUGAAGCCGCCGCCAGCGGUGCAGAGCGUGCAGAUGCAGCCGUCCUUCGCCGGCGGCGUGAAGACGCUGUCCGUGGAGCACGGUGCGCUCCUGCACUCCCCGGGGAGCCUCACGCCGCCGCCCCACAAGAGCAACGUGUCGGCCAUGGAGGAGCUGGUGGAGAAGGUCACGGGCAAGGUCAGCGUGAAGAAGGAGGAGAGGCCGGCCGAGAAGGAGAAGGGCUCGCCGGCCAAAGCUGCGUCCCCGGCGGCCAAGGAGAAUAAGGACUUCCCCAGGGCCGAGGAGCUGGGGGGCAGUGGCAAGCCCCAGCCCAAGAAGGGCCCUGAGGCCGAUGGGGGGAAGGCUAAGAAGGAGGGUGCGGGGGAUGCCCACACCCCAAAUGGCACGGAGCCCCUCAAGGCCAAAGUGACCAACGGCUGUAACAACCUGGCCAUCAUCACAGACCACUCGCCUGAGCCCUCCUUCAUCAACCCUCUGAGUGCCCUGCAGUCCAUCAUGAACACCCACCUGGGCAAGGUGUCCAGGCCCGUGAGCCCCUCGCUGGACCCUCUGGCCAUGCUCUACAAGAUCAGCACCAGCAUGCUGGACAAGCCGGCCUACCCCGCCCCGCCCACCAAGCCGCCCGGCGCUGCUGACCGCUACUUCUAUGAGAAUAGCGACCAGCCCAUCGACCUGACCAAGUCCAAGAGCAAGCCCCUGGUGUCCGGUGCCGCUGAUGGUGUGUCCUCACCACUCCGGGAGAGUGCGCUCAUGGACAUAUCCGACAUGGUGAAGAACCUCACGGGCCGGCUGACGCCCAAGUCCUCCACGCCCUCCACCGUGUCUGAGAAGUCAGAUGCUGAUGGCAGCAGCUUUGAGGAGGCGCUCGACGAGCUGUCACCGGUCCACAAGCGGAAGGGGCGGCAGUCCAACUGGAACCCACAGCACCUGCUCAUCCUGCAGGCCCAGUUUGCCUCGAGCCUGCGUGAGACGGCGGAGGGGAAGUACAUCAUGUCGGACCUGGGCCCCCAGGAGCGGGUCCACAUCUCCAAAUUCACUGGGCUGUCCAUGACCACCAUCAGCCACUGGCUGGCCAACGUCAAGUACCAGCUUCGGAGGACAGGGGGGACCAAGUUCCUGAAGAACCUGGACACAGGGCAUCCUGUUUUCUUUUGCAACGAUUGUGCCUCUCAGUUCAGAACUGCUUCCACGUACAUCAAUCACCUAGAGACACACUUAGGCUUCAGCUUGAAGGAUCUCUCCAAGCUGCCCCUAAACCAGAUUCAAGAACAGCAGAAUGUUUCCAAAGUCCUGGCGAGCAAAGCCUUGGGCCCUUCGGGGGCCGCCGAGGACGAGCUGGGCUCCACAUUCCAGUGCAAGCUGUGCAACCGGACUUUCGCGAGCAAGCACGCAGUCAAACUGCACCUCAGCAAGACCCACGGCAAGUCCCCCGAGGACCACCUGAUCUACGUGACCGAGCUGGAGAAACAGUAG